GCCUUGUAGUGAAAUCGCGAAACGGCAUCACACCCUCGCUGCGCCACCCUUCCGACCGCAGCAGCACGCACAGGCGCCACACCGUCACGCCGUUGGCUAUAGGAAGGCACGCACCACCACACCACCACCACCACCAGCGGCAAAAUGUGGCAGUGGCAUGAGCGCCAGACGCAGCACCCAUCCACCCAUCCACUCACACCGCACACACGCCCGCAGACAUUUUGCAUGCACGCCUACCCGCCUGCAUCCAUCACACGCUCCGGCUCCGGGCUCCCGUCCGCGCACAUCGAGCUGCCCGAAGCGGCGUCGUGUCCGCGCUUCGGCCCUCUAUUGGCCCACUUGUUCUUUCUGCGACCACGGCCGGUCAACCAAUCAACUAACUGGCCAUCACCAUCACCAUCACUAUUCCCGUAGCAGACAGCAGACAGCACCAUUAACUACCAUCACCAUCAGCAACAGCACAACAGUACACGUGAGCCAUAACCACCAUCCCCAACUCAUCCCAGCCGCCCAUCCCAGCCGCCCAUCACCCCAGCCGUCCACGCAGCAGCAGCCCUCCGCGCCAAAAGCGGCACCUCUCCCGCCGCGGCGCAGCAGCAGCAGCAGCACCAGCCAGGGGGGUCCGCCAGGCCGCCGCGUGGUGGUGGUGUGGCUGAACGGACACAGCGGGUCGAUUCGAUCGCCUCCCGCGGGCCCCGCCGCGACAAGCUGCCGCUUUGGGCAUGUCGCUGCUCGCUCGCGUGGUGGUGUGUGUAUGACCUCAUCGGUGCAAGGGUGAGUUUUUCUCGUCAGGUACGGGACUGGGUCUUGGUCUUGGUCUGGGCUGGGCAGGACAGAGGGUUGCAUCGUGGCGGGCCGCCGCCUACCCUAUCGAAAGACUGUCGUGACUGCAUUGCUCUGCUCUGCUUACUGCUUGCUGCUCAUCCUCGUAGUUGCGCUUCGCAUUCCUUGUUCGAUCUAGCUACCUCCUACCUACUUGUACACGCACGCGCUCCCAGAAUUGACACACACACACAAAAAAAAAGAAAAAAACACGACGACGGGGCAGAAAACGAGAAGAGAAGAGCAGAGCCGGGCAGAGUAGGCCUAAAAGGGAGGGAAUAGACCAAAUUUGGCGUCGAAAGGUUUAAAGACGGGAGGAAAGAAAAGAAAAGAAAGAAAGAAAGAGAGGAAGAAAGGAAGAAAGAAGACAAACCA